AAUAUAUUACAGACUUUGAAACAGUCGCAGGUAGAGAAACUGAAACCUAGUUUAUAAACAUCAUAUUCAUAGCCUACAAAUAGGCCUACCAUCAUGAUGUAUAAUCUCCCAUGACUCAUGCAAUAUGCAUAAGUCAUAUCUUUGGAAAACCAGUAUAAGAUUUUUAUAGUUUUGAAUGUACAGUCGACAUGAUAAUUCAAAACAUGGGGAACAAGACUUACCAGUAAUCAGUUUACACCUACUUCAACACAAUGGCAGCAGUGGAUGUCAACGAUUUAGAUUUUGAUUUCAAAACAUCUGAUGGUUUUGAGGAUAACAGCUUUGGUACAGAAGUAAAAGAAAGAACCUAUCCAGAAUCAUCAGAUUUCAUAAAAGAUCCAUUUGAAAAUCAAGAUUUUGAUUUAUUGAAAAAUUCUGAUGCUUUACUAGAUUUUAAUGAAGAAAGUACAAAUGAAAUUCUAAAUACUUAUUCAGAGGAUAAAUCAAAUGCUCAAAAUAUAAAUAUAUUAAAGUAUGAUGAGAUUUUUGGAGAUGAUCCAUUUAUGGACGAUGCAAAAGCAAAAUUUCAGAGUCAGAUAAUGCAAGAUCACAAUGGUGCAUUUCCUGCAUUAAUUGCCAAUGAACCCCAAGCUUUAUUUGCAAAUACGGAUGAAGUCACUCCAUGUCCAACUGUGAAUAAUGAAACAGUUAAAGAAGAAAACAAUGAACAACCCAUGGAUAACCUAUUCACUGAUUUAUUUACUGAUGUUAAAAUGGAGGAUGAAAAGACCAGUAAUAUAGGUAUUAUGAAUCAUGUCAACAAGCCAUUACCAGAUCUUGCUUUAUCUGAAGGUUUACCCAAUGCCAGUGUUGGUGCCGAUCAUAUUAACAGACAGGUACCAGUAGCUGUAUCAAUAUCUGAUGUUCCUAUUCAAUUAGAGGAAUCUGUAAAUCCUACAGCUUUAUCAGUAUCAGAUGUCAACUUUACAGUUAAUCAGAAAACUGAUGACCCGUUUAUAGAUAAUCAGAAAUUUGAUGACCCCUUUACAGAUAAUCAGAAAAAUGAAUACUUCUUUACAGAUAAUCAGAAAAAUGAUGACCCCUUUACAGAUAAUCAGAAAAAUGACGACCCCUUUACAGAUAAUCAGAAAAAUGAUGACCCCUUUACAAUUAAUCAGAAAAAUGAUGACCCCUUUACAGAUAAUCAGAAAAAUGAUGACCCCUUUACAAUUAAUCAGAAAAAUGAUGACCCCAUUACAGAUAAUCAAAAAAUUGAUGACCCCUUUAUCAGUAUCAUAUCUCAAACCAAAACUGACCAAAAAGACACCUCAGAUGAUGCAGCUGAGGCCAUUGAUUUGUCAAAAAUCACAUCAAGUUUGAAGGAUCAAGCCCAAGACUUUGAUUCAGAAUUUGAUUUUGAUGCACCUGUUCCUCAAAAGAAUCAUACUCAAGCAGCAGACAUAACAACUAAUACUCCUACACCAAAUGUUGAUCCAGCCCAAACAAACAAAGAUGUCAGUAAUGUUGAACACCAUAUAAAAAGCAGUGAAAUCAAAUUAGAAAAUGAUAAAUUUGUUCCAGAUGUAACUGCGCAAUCAAAUAAUAUACCAGGACAAGAUGAAAAAUCUUUAGUUUGUUCAUCAGCUGAAGCAGACUGGGAGAAUAUUGAAACAAUCCAACCAGGAUUUCAAGGUGAAACACCAGCAGAAACACAAGUACGGAAGUCCGGACCAUUAUAUACUUAUAAAGAAGCCUACUCAACACUUCAACAGGCUGAUUAUACGGCAGUACAGCAUAUUAUAAAACCAACUGUGGAAAGAAAUGGAUUGUCAGCAUUUGUUCAUUUUGUUUUUGGUCCUCCAAAACUUCACAGAGAUAUGGUGAAAGAUAGAGAAUUUGCCUUCUGUCUUUCUGCAAGUUCUUUUGACGAAGCGCAGCCAAGUCAUGGUAGAAUGUUACAGACAAUCUACAGGUUAUUAACUGGUUCCAGAUUUGAUUCACCAAGAUUUGGUUCACAUUGGGAAGAAAUUGGAUUUCAAGGGAGAGAUCCUAGUACAGAUUUGCGAGGUGUUGGUGUAUUGGGUUUAGUUCAGUUGUUAUAUUUUCUACAACAUGAUAAAUAUGGUGAUAUAGCUAGAGAUAUAUAUAAACUCUCUCUACAUCCUACACAGAAUUUUCCCUUUUGUGUAAUGGGCAUGAAUAUAUCAAGAAUUUGUUUACAGUCUUUAAGAGAAGAUAUUAUUAACAAAGAGAUAAACAAGAGAAGAAAUGUUAUGACAUCUAUAAAUGAUUUCUAUAUUGGUACAUAUUUACAUUUAUAUCAACUGUGGAAACUAGGCAAAACUAUUGCAGAUUCAGGUUAUGUUCUUAGAGAAGUUGAAACAUUUGCCAAGAAACGAACAAAAGAUGUGUUUAAAAAUCUUGAACAAUACCAGUUAAAUGGUGGAAAGAAUGUUGUGAAGAGUGAGAAAGGUGAAGAUUUGUUUCACAGUGUUUGUUAAGAUGAUAUUUACUCCUCUGGUUGUCUAAUUAUCAUAACCUUGUAUAAAACAAUGAAAUGAUGGCGUUACACUUUUAAUUUCAUUACGCAGGUAGCUAUGUUCAUAUGGCCGUGUGUUAAUUUUUUUAUAUCAUAUAAGCUUUGCAAUAAUUCCAUUAUCUACUUUAGAUCUGUCAUCCAGGUUAACAUUGGUUGAAUAUAUUUAUUGAUGUUAGUCUUCCAGAUGGUGUAAUUGUGAAAAGUACUGACAUGUAAAAUUUAAGUAUCUAUGGAUCUAAAUGGGUUCUUCUGGCUACAAAUGGAAUAUAUUAAAUUGACCAAUUUGUAAUAGCCUUUUUAAACAGUUUACUGACCUUUGUUUACACACUUGACUCGCCAGUUACAGUCAAGAAUUGUUUAGGAAAGCACCUGAAGUGUGUUCUUAUUUGUUGAUCUGGAUAACAGAGGCCUAGAGCUGAAUAACUUGAUCAUAAAAAAAAAAGAAAUCCAUGAUUAAGCCUGUUGCAGACCAGCUAACAUUUGUUGGCAGAACAAUGUUUUCCGACAAAAGUUAGCCAGUGUAGGUUGGAUUUUUUCACAAACAUUUGUUGGCCGAACAAUGUUCGGAAGAUCCAACUUGUUAGAUUUCAAAAAUAUAGUUCUGCCAACAAAUCUUCUUGUAGGUCUCGUUUGCGUUGAAUUUCAACAAAUAGCAGAACAUUUUAUACAGACGUCCAAUCAUUAUCUCGCUAACGGUCACGUGAUACAGAAUUCACUGACGUCGCCAUUUUUGACCACGUGAUGUUUGGGUCAAUCAUGUGACAUCAAUGUCAGUUUCUUUUGAACAAAUAUGUUGGUCAGUUGCGGUGAACAUUCUUCGUUUGCGGGAAAUUUAAAAAAAGGUUAGACACCAACAAAUGUUAGUGUCGGUCUGCAGUGGGCUUUAUGUGAAAGAAAUGAUUAAAUGUAUAUUUGUUGAUAUUAUUGAGACAUAAUAAUUGGUUAUUAAUGACAUUCCUUGAGUUUAAAUAAUAGUCCCUACGUAUUAUAUUGUAUUUUAAUAUGACUAUUUUUGAUGUAUUAUAUACAUAAAUAUAUUGGUACAUAUCUACAUAAAGGUUGUUUAUUAUAUAUUGGUGUUGUGUGAAUUUAUUAUAAAAUUUGUUGAAUUGUAAUUAGUGAAAAUUGUUUUAUAGAAAUAUCAUUGAUACAUAUCCUUACAUUAUUCUAUAUUUAUUGAGGUAUAUAAUUGACAAAGCAAAUGAUGUGAAGCCAGAGAAAAUUUGCUAUGAUCAAACUGAUAAUUAUAUCUUUCAACGAUUUGAAAAAACAUAUCAAAACCUUUUUUUUUUUAUAUGCUCACAUUUUCAUAUAGACAUAUUAUGCCAUUCACGAAACUUUAAAUAUAGAUCUAUCUCCCAAAGAUCUUGGUUCCUUUCGAUACUGGCAUGUAUCGGACCAUAACUUCAUGGAUUAUGUCCCCUGAUGAAACUUGAUAUGCAUGUUUAAAACCCAAAGACCUUGGUUCCUUUCAAUAUAAUGGUGCAUAUUGGAUUAUGCAUUAUGACCUCUGAUUGUAUGAAAAACCUCAUUUUUAGCUUGUGGUUCCUCUAGAUGUCACAAUUAUUAUCAGAUUUAAAUAAACGUUCACAUAUAUCACAGUUACACCAUAAAGACGGUUGAGUUUGAAUUUCGUGAAAAUCAGAGCAAAACUGCUGGACAGAAUGGCCACCUCUCGUACGCAAUUAGUGUAAAAAAUAUGGUAUAUCAAGGUUGUUGGCCUUCUAGAGGCUUAUGGCCCGAGACUGUAUGACAAAUUGUGAUUUUUAGCUUUUGGAUUCUCUAGAGGUGACAAUAUUCAUCCUGAUUUUAAAAAACGUUUAAAUAUAUCACCAUUCCACCAUAAUAAAGGUUGAAUUCGAAUUUUGGGAAAAUCGAAAUGAAACUGCCCGACAGAAUGGUCCCCCUUUGUACACAAAUUGUGUAAAAGUAUGUAAUACAUGUAUGUAUCUUAUUUUGAUAAAACUUAAAAUAUAUUUUUAUAUCCCAAAGAACUCGGUCCCUUUCGAUAUUUGCGCAUUUCAGACCAUAACUUUCUAGAUUAUGGCCCCUGAUUGUACGUAAAAUCGCUUUUGUUGUUAGCUUAUUCUCUGUCCAUCUCUUGAAAAUGUGGGCAUAUCUUGCCUGGCAACCUCUGGUUUUAACAUUGAUAGUAUUUAAUAUGACUUUAACUAAAAUAUUUCUUAAAAAAAUAAAUGAAUACUCAGUAGAAAACACAUGACAUCAAAAGAACAAAUAGAGAAUUUACAUUUAUUUGUAACUAAUUAGUUAAUCAAAAUUUUAUAAUAUGCUGAAUUAACUGUAAUAUCAUCCUGCAUGUACAUUUCAUUUAAAAGGACAUUCCAUUAUUUUAUUAUUUAUGAAAUCAUCUAUAUAUAACCAGAUAAAUUAAAAGCGAAAUAGUCCAAAUUUAUAGAUCAGUGUUUUCAUUACUUGACAUUUAGAAUAAAAGUAUAGCAUUUAAAUUUACAGCUGGGCAUUUCUUUGAAAGAGAGAUGUUUUUGUUUUAUGGUGAACUACAAUAGUUUUUAACUCCAGACAGUACGUCUGUGUUUUGCCUUUGAGUGACUAUAAAUUGCUGGGAUGUUGAAUUUGGUCUUUAGUGCUGCAGGAUUUUGUACUUAAAUAUAGAUAUGCCUUAUCUUUGAAUAAUUUGUAAUACCAUUUAUAUAAUACUGAUUGCCGUCCACGUUGUCCAAGUAUGAAAAUAUUUUGCAAAGAAACAAACCUUUGAUAUAAGUGCUAUGUUAGUGCUAUGUCAAUUUUAUAUUUUCAUGUUGUUAAAUAUAUUGUGCCAUAUUGUUUAAUGAUGUAUAAUUGAUUUUGUAUAAUUUAAAAACGAAUGCAAAUUUAGGCAGAAUAUGUACUUAUGAAUGUUUAUAUAAAGUGAUCAUUUAGGUAAAAACAGGUAUAUGUUUUACAUAAAAUAGACAAGAAUCUCAAUGUUAUGUUUGAAGUCCCAAUAUAAAAUUUCAUAAUUAUAUGACUAUUAUUGAUCUCUGAUCGGUUUUAUAUGAUUAAAACCAUUGUUUUCUGUAGUUGUUCAACUAGUCACAGAUGUAGAAAGCAUGUAAUGUGUAUACAGUGUAGGGCAUUUAAAGUUAUAGAAAUUAGCAUUUGUUUUGUAGAAUUUCUAGAAGAGAGACAAAAUCCGCUAGAAAGAUGGUUUAUGUAGAAGCAUAAAUGAAACUAUCACUUUCUGCCAAUGUUUUUAGUCAAAAAUUUUAAAACUGAUCAUUAAAGUUUUAUAUGCUGAUAA